CAAGAUUUCGCUUAAACUCUAAGCCUUUUUGUUCUUGUCGGUAAAAUCUGUAUAAUAAUAUUUUCUCCUUCAUAUGGUGGUUGUGAUUAUAUGAGAUAAUGUUUCAUAAAAAGUUUAGCACAGUCCAUGUCUCAUGGUAAAUGUUGAAUAUUAUAUUAGUGAUUAUCAUUCAGUAAUGUGCAUCAUUGUUUUAACAAAUAUAUUUGAAAAUAUUAAAUUAUUUUAGUUAUAUUUGAGAAAUUGUAUUGGCUUUUAAAAAGUAAACUCAUCCAGGUCAACAUGAGGAAUUUAAAACAGGAAACUAAGCUUAGCAUGUAACUCAUUCUUAUACCGUUUUCCUGUUUUCCUUAGAUUGAAAAAGACAGAUAAACCUUUUUGUGUUUUUAGUUCCUAAACAGUUUCUCCAUUUAGAAUGAAUUAGUCCAAAAGGGAAUUAGUCUUGAGAAAUGCCUUCUCUGUGGGGAUCGACUAGACUGGUCCAAUCACAAGUCCUGUCAGAUUUGCAUGACAUGCCAAGCCCACCUAGAGGAAAUUGGAUAAACAGGAAUGAGAAUAAAGUCCUGGUCAGAAAAGUGGUCGAGCAGAUGUUGACUGGAUAAGCCCUGACUCAGUAGUGGUUUAAGUGAAAAAUCUGGGGAUUUUAGUUGAUCACAAGUUGAAGAUAAGCCAUUGUUUGUUAUGCCCAUAUCUUUAAAAAAAAAAAAAAAGAAAAAAAGAGGAAGAAAAGUAUUUUAUUCACAUCUGUUUUAUCACUUUUGUGCCCCACAUUUUAAGAGAGAGUAAAUGAGAAAUCAGAAGCACCUAAGACAGCAGAUAAAAGGAGAAGGCUGCAGGAUGCCAGGGGUCUUGACCCCCCACCCCACGACUCCAGUGAGGAACUGUUAUAAAAGAGGGUAAAAUAGACCUGAAGGAUUUUAGGUGCCCUCACCAAGCCCAUGGUUCUGAAACUAUCUUUGUCUGAAGGUACAAGGAGAUAAUAGUAGGGAGUAGAUAAUGGACAUAGUCCGUUAGCAUUACAAAGUGAUGGAUAUAUGAUUCCUUUCAAAGCCCUAAAAUGUUGAAAUGUUUCCGUUAAAAAACUUUUACAAACACUUGAAAUAGGUGCAAGACUUCUCAUUAUGUCGUUAUUCAGCAUAAAUCUAGGGGAUGCUGCUACUUGCUAAGAAAAAAGUUGCAUUAAGAAUAGCGUUUUGUCAGCAAUAUGAAAACUGUUCAGGAAGUAGAUUGUGAUCAUAAAUAAAAUCUGGAAAAAAUACAAAAGUCUUGAUUUGAUACUUUUCACUUAGUCUGGAUUCUCAACAUUUUGCAGGACAGAAGAUACCCUGGUGAAAAUACCCACAGUCUGGGAUCCUUAACGUGGGGAAAGUAGUGGAUCUUUUCUCUGAGAAUUGCUCAUUCAGAAGAGGGUCCAGAUGCCUUCAUUUGGAGCAUUUGUUUUAGAGUUGGGGUGUUGGAUGACUUAGAAGCUACAAAAAUGAUUUAAUUACUGGCACCUUCAUCCUUACAUUUUUAUGCUGCUCACUCUGUCCUUCCAGAGAAAGAUGGGUCACCAGAUUGUCAAAUAUUGUCCACAGAGUCUCUAGCUCUUGUUUUGCCCUGGGUGUACACAUCUUGGUGUUCUCUUCGUUCUGUGAAAAUCGAUGUGCUGCUUCCCCUUUCCUUAGAGGCCCAGAUGAUGUCAGCAUUACAAGGUGGGGCGCAGGUGGCACCCCUCCACACAGAGCUGUAAUUGGGAUGUCUGUAGUCGCUUGCUCUGCCACCACCUGACCUUCAACAGCAAUCAUUGCAGAGCUGUUUGGCUGCUGGUCUUUGGUGCUCUGUGACGUUCCCGUUGCCCCUGCUAAGGGCGCUGCUUCAUCACUGUUGUUGGUCUGCAUCACUGAAGAGUGCCUGUACCAACCAACGUAACAGUUGCAUCCCAUAACUUGAAUCCUGUCCUAUUCUGGGAAUACCCAGCCAUGCUGCAGACCCCCGUUUUCACUGUACAGAUAAAGAACUACAGGGAACCAGUGUGGAUUGAGGCCUGUGCCAAUAUAUCUCAUCAUUAUUGUAAUAUUUCUUACCACAUGUUUGAUCCAUCAGACUCACUCUGGGCCAGAGUGAAAGCGAGGCUUGGGCAAAAAGAAUCUGCCUAUGUAGAGUCAGAAGAGUUUAUUAUAUGCCAACAAGGGAAAGUUGGACCACCUGUACUGGAUGUCAGAAAGAAGGAAGACCAAAUCAUUGUUGACAUACAUCACCCUUUAAUUAUUCUCAAUGGUGAAGUGACAAAAGCCAUGUAUGAUUAUGAAAAUAGUGAUUGUUACGCAUUCACAUACGAUGUGUAUGUGAGGAUUAAUGGAAGUGAAGUCAUAAAGGAGAGGGAAGUUGAUUGCAGCGAGACUCCGUGCCAGCUGAGAAUCCCAGUGACCGCCCUGAAUUCCGAGUACUGUGUCUCAGCAGAAGGCGUCACGGACUUGUGGGCUGUUAGAACUGAAAAGUCAAAAGAACACUGUAUUACCAUUUCCAAUAUCAGCACAAAAUAUUCUGUUUGGAUUCCAAUUGGUUCUGCUUUCCUGCUCUUUCUAGCACUUAUCCUGGUACUCAUAUGUUGUCUGGUUAAGAGGAAUCUAUUUAAGAGAGAAAGCAUCCCAUUACCCAAGUCCUUGCUCUCUGUGUUCAAAAAUGCCACUUCAGAGGCAAAACCUGAAUCAAAACAGUUAUCACCCAUCACAUCCUACCAGCCGAUUGUCUCAGAGAGUGAGAGUGGAGAGCAGUUGUCUCCAGUGACAGUUGCAGGCAUGGUUGCAGAAGACAUUCCUGAAAAAGGAGACCAGAGAGAAGAGCUCACUGGUGAUGUAGACGUGGGGAUGACUGAAGAAACCGUGAUCGACAUGGCCCCCAGUAGCCCUCCGACUGCAGGAAGUAGAAAUAAUUCUUUCCCUUCAAGUAGCAGUCACUCUGACCCCUGUAGCAGUGCUUUGAACUCAUAUCACUCCAGGAAUGGUUCUGACAGUGGCCUUGUGGAGUCAGACGGCUUCUUAACUGAACCAGAAUUUCCCCCGACUAAUAAAACAGAAAUAAAGACAGAAGGACAAGACUCCCUAAUGCUGAGAAACACUACCACCUCUUUCGGUUAUGACAAACCCCACGUGCUGGUGGAUCUGCUGGUGGAUGAUGCUGGUAAAGAAUCCUUGAUUGGUUAUAGACUUACAACAGAUUCCAAAGAAUUUUCAUAAAAUCAGCCACAAUGCACCAACUUUGAAGGAUCUGCUCUUACAGAAAGAUCAGGCUUUCAGAAAUUGUAUCCUAAUUGCUGUUAACCAGGUGGAAUGUCUUGGUUUAAAUAAAAGCGUAAAGAGGGACUAUCAUGUUUGAUAUGAAAACAGCAAAACCCAAAAACCUGUAUCAUGCAAAGCUCGCCACCUGACUGGCACAAAGCUUGCCGCCUGACUCGCACAGAGCUCACCAUCUGACUGGGUUAGCAGGUGCAGGGAGUGCUCCCCAGGCCCUGCACUUGUGAUGGUAGCUGGCAUCCUGGUCCUUUCUUGCCACUUGAAGACAUACAAUGGAUUCUUUUGCUUUUUUGUGCCUGGGGUUAUGUUAUUUGGGGAAGUUUAUGUAUGUAGCACUUUUAAUGUUUAAUUUCAGAAGCAACUCAGAACGCUUUUUUGAAAUUCAAGUUAAUAAAAUUAAUGUUAUGUAAAUAGAAACAUAUUUUUUUAAUCGAAUGUUUGAAAGAUGUUUAAAUAAAGUGUUUUUUUUAAACUAA